GAGUGUUAGAGUUAGAAGAUGCUGACAAAAAGAACGUCUUAAAAACAACGAUUUGAAAUAACUAUGGAAAAACAAAUCAAACUUACCUGUUCAAUUGCAUCUUCUGAAGAUGAGAGCAGUGUGCAAAAUGAAAUCGGCAAAAGUGGAAACAGUUUAAUUGAAUUGAAAUUAGAAGUGGCCGAUAAAUAUUGGAAAUAUUGGCUUGAUGGCAUCAAUUUCUUGGAUCGCGUAUUACGAAAUUGCCCGAAAUUGCAGACGCUGUGCAUUUCAAGCGACAUUUCUCCAAAUUUAUUGUUCGGCAUCGUCUGUAAUACUCAGCAACAGUUGAAACACCUAACAAUUUGCAGUAAACGUCAUCGUAAUGAUGGUGAAGAACGUGUGAAAAAAUCGGAAGCCGUUGACCUAUCAAGUGGAUUGAAACGACUGCAAUCAUUCGAUGUGCAAGGUGUAGACUGGAACCGCACAAUCAUCUGUAACUUUCUUCGAAAAGCGAAAAAAUUAAAACAUUUUGCAUGUGAAAUCAUAGGCACUGAUUUCAACUUGGAUGAAGACUUUUUGGAUGACUUCAAAUUGAGUGAGGCCGAAGAACAGGAGCAAAUGUUACACGAGUUGAUUGCUGAGGAGAUUUACUGUGACACAUAUGAAGGCGAGGCUGACUUUUGGGGCCAAGAAUGAUUGAAAAAUACAUUUUCUUUUUUAAUUUUCUCUUUCGAAUUAUUUUCAACUUAAUUCACAAUUAAUUAGACUUACUUUGU